AUGUCGAUGUAUGUCGGGGAAGCAUUGGCCGGGGACGGCAACGAAAUCGCCCAUAUUGAUUUGUUGAUCGGGGAUAAGGACGGACCGGUUGGCGUCGCGUUUGCCAAUGCCUUGGGUCGCCAGAGCGAAGGCCAUAACAACCUGCUGGCCGUGCUCACGCCCAACCUGGCGGUGAAGCCCUCGACCGUGAUGAUCACCAAGGUCACCAUCAAGGGCAUGAAACAAGCCGUGCAAAUGUUCGGUCCUGCCCAGGCCGCCGUGGCCAAGGCCGUGGCCGACUCGGUCGCCGAUGGCGUGAUUGCCAAAGAUCAGGCCGAAGACCUCGUCAUCGUGUGCGGUGUGUUCAUUCACCCCGGCGCCGAAGACGACAAGAAGAUCUACGACUACAACUACACCGCCACCAAAGACGCCAUCUCCAACGCCAUGACCGGCAAGCCUACGGUCGACGAGAUGCUCGCCGGCAAGGAAGAGGCCGCCCACCCGCCGACGAUGAGCCCAAGCGACGGAUCGAAACCGAGAAUUCUCCUGCAACUCGAUAGCGACCCUCAGCCAAGCGUGUUCGACGGGGUGGUUGCUGUCGAUGCCGGCGUCGAUCAUCUCCUCCGUCACGCCGCCAUCGAACCGGCCGCAGUUCGCGACCUGGUCUACGGCCUCAUCUUCACCCGGGGGAUGAAGGAUCUUCACAGCUCGGCCAUCUUCAUCGGCGGUUCCAACGUCGCCACCGGCGAAGCACUGCUGAAGGAAGUGACCGGCAGCUUCUUGGGCCCGUUAAAUGUCUCGGUGAUGAUGGACGCCAACGGGGCGAACACCACGGCCGCCGCCGCAGUGCUGGCCGCCGCGCGACAUGUAUCGCUCGAAGGGUGCCAGGCCACUGUCUUGGGGGCCACUGGUCCAGUAGGGCAAAGGGCCGCCCGUCUACUGGCUCGUCAGGGGGCCCGCGUUGCCGUCUGCUCGCGCAGUGUCGAUCGCGCCCGUGGGGUCUGCGAAGCGCUUGCCGAACAUGUCGACGCGAGCCUGCUCACCCCGCACGCCAGCGAUAGCGAAACGGCCCGGCGCGGUGCGGUCGCCGGUUCCCAAGUGCUCAUCGCCGCUGGAGCGGCCGGUGCCCAGCUUCUCACCCGAGUCGAAUUGACCUCCGCCAGCGACUUAAAGGUGGCCGUCGACUUGAACGCCGUUCCGCCCGUGGGCCUGGAGGGCAUCGAAGUGCAAGACGCCGGAGUCGAGCGUGAAGGCAUCAUCUGCUACGGGGCCAUCGGUGUUGGCGGAACCAAAAUGAAGAUUCACAAGGCGGCCCUGCGGCGCCUGUUCGAAUCGAACGAUCAGGUGUUCGACGCCGAAGAAAUCUACGAUCUGGGGACCGAACUGGUACAACAGUUACCUUCCGUUCCAUCAACCAUCGACAUCCACUGCGUCACCCGAUGGUCAAAACUCGGCGUUCAGUUUCGCGGCGUCCCGCUUUCAGAACUAAUUCAGCAGUCCGACCCGCUAGAAGAUGCCCGCUUCGUAUCAAUGAACGCCCACAGCGAUCGCGGUCACAGCACCUCGCUUCCACUAGAUACGAUCGAAGAGUUGCAACCCCUGCUCGCUUGGGAGGCCGACGGCGAACCACUGCCCGUCGAGCAUGGCGGCCCGCUCCGCGUGAUUGUGCCCGGACGCUAUUUCUACAAAAGUGUGAAGUGGCUGGCCCGCGUGGAAUUGCUCGCCGCCGAUCAACUGGGGUUCUGGGAAAGCACCGCCGGCUACCACAACACAGCCGACCCUUGGCUCCAGCAGCGCUACCUCGCCACCAACAUUUCCAAACAGCAAGCGCAGGACAUCCUCGAGCGGAAAGACAUCAGCAAACUCGACCUCCGCGGAAUCGAGGCGGCCGGUCUCGAUCUGAGUCGAUUGGUGGCGAACGAAUCUCUCCUAAGAAGUGCCAACUUCCGCGGUGCUAUCCUGCGGGAGGCCAAAUUCGAUCGAGCAAACCUUUCGAACGCCGUGCUCACCGAUGCCGAUCUCCGAGAAGCAUCCUUCCGCGAGGCCGACCUGGAAGGAGCCGAUCUAACGGGGGCCGACCUCCGUGCGGCCGAUUUGCGAGGGGCCUCCUUAGUAGCUGCCACCUUCGUCGAAACACUGCCCAACGGGGAAGAACAUGGGGUCCUCAUCGACUCGAACACCCGAAUCGAUCGCCGGGUGCUCGACGAACUCACACCACCGCAGGCCAAUCGCUUUGCACCGCGACGCCACAAGAAACUUAUAGCUAGCGUCCACUCACAUACACCCUUAGUGAAGAAACAGCCGAUGAACUCGACCAAACUCUCGGGGAAGGGGGCCGCCGUCAAUGUGGGGCGCGGCAUGUUGAUGGGCGGUGCCGACGUGAUUCCCGGAGUCUCCGGCGGAACCGUCGCCUUAAUUCUCGGCAUCUACGAGCGGCUCGUUACGGCUAUCAGCCACGUCGAUGUCGAACUGAUCACCCAUGUCCGAAAGGGUCGCAUUCGCGAAGCAGCCGCCCACAUCGAUCUGACAUUUCUCGUCACGCUAUUGUUGGGCAUCGCGAUCGGCAUACUUUCGCUGGGCUCGUUGGUCAACCAGUUGCUCUCCAGCACCGACACACGCGAACUCACCCUGGCUGCCUUCUUCGGGAUCAUCCUCGCCUCCAGCUUUCUGGUCGCUCGCAUGAUCCACGUCCAACACAUGCAGCAUGGUUUCCUGCUCACCCUGUUGGGAAUCGCCGGGGCCGCCUUCGCUUUCUGGCUCACCGGCUUGCGUGGCGAAGAAGUAGAACUCACCUACGGUUACGUUUUCAUUUGCGGAAUGAUCGGCAUCUGUGCCAUGAUUCUGCCCGGCAUCAGCGGCGCUUACAUCCUCCUGAUCAUGGGUUGGCAUGCCUGA